AUGGCCGGAGCGGCGGCGGCGGUGGCCGCCGGAGCAGCCGCCGAAGCAGCCCCAGCCGCGGUGGCCGUGGCGGCCCCGGGCCGGGCCUCGGCGGCGCCGCCUCCGCCGCCUGUGUACUGUGUGUGCCGGCAGCCGUACGACGUGAACCGCUUCAUGAUCGAGUGCGAUAUCUGUAAGGACUGGUUCCAUGGCAGCUGUGUUAGAGUAGAAGAACAUCAUGCUGUUGAUAUUGACCUGUAUCACUGUCCCAACUGUGCAGUUCUCCAUGGAUCUUCCUUAAUGAAAAAGAGGAGGAAUUGGCACAGACAUGACUACACAGAGAAUGAUGAUGGUUCCAAACCAGUACAAGCUGGGACACGAACUUUUGUUAAGGAAUUACGUGCUCGGGUCUUCCCAAGUGCUGAUGAAAUCAUUGUAAAGAUGAAUGGUAGCCAGCUGACACAAAGAUACCUGGAGAAACAUGGAUUUGAUGUGCCUAUUAUGGUUCCCAAAAUAGAUGAUCUAGGACUUAGACUCCCACCGCCGACUUUUUCUGUUAUGGAUGUGGAACGUUAUGUAGGUGGUGACAAAGUAAUAGAUGUCAUUGAUGUGGCAAGGCAGGCAGACAGCAAAAUGAAGCUUCACAAUUAUGUUAAAUACUUCACGAAUCCUAACCGUCCAAAGGUGUUAAAUGUGAUCAGCCUCGAAUUUUCAGACACAAAGAUGUCGGAAUUGGUGGAAGUUCCUGAUAUUGCCCGAAAACUUUCUUGGGUGGAAAAUUACUGGCCUGAUGAUUCAGUCUUCCCUAAGCCAUUUGUUCAGAAAUAUUGUUUGAUGGGAGUUCAAGACAGCUAUACAGACUUUCACAUUGAUUUUGGUGGCACUUCAGUCUGGUAUCAUGUUCUCUGGGGUGAGAAGAUUUUUUAUUUGAUAAAGCCAACAGAUGAAAAUUUAGCACUCUAUGAAUCCUGGAGUUCAUCUGUCACCCAAAGUGAAGUGUACUUUGGUGAAAAAGUGGAUAAAUGCUACAAGUGUGUUGUGAAGCAAGGGCAUACCCUAUUUGUUCCAACAGGGUGGAUUCAUGCUGUGCUUACAUCUCAGGACUGUAUGGCUUUUGGAGGAAACUUUCUGCACAACCUUAAUAUUGGCAUGCAGCUCAGGUGUUACGAGAUGGAGAAAAGGCUAAAAACACCUGAUCUUUUCAAAUUCCCUUUCUUUGAAGCCAUAUGUUGGUUUGUAGCCAAAAAUCUACUGGAAACUUUGAAAGAAUUGAGAGAAGAUGGUUUCCAGCCCCCAAAUUACUUAGUGCAGGGAGUCAAGGCAUUGCAUACUGCUUUAAAAUUAUGGAUGAAAAAAGAACUUGUAUCAGAACAUGCCUUUGAAAUUCCAGACAAUGUUAGACCGGGACAUCUCAUUAAAGAACUUUCUAAAGUAAUUCGUUCGAUAGAGGAGGAAAACAGUAAGCCAGUCAAAUCUCAGGGAAUCCUUACUACAUGCCCAGUUUCACGAUCCUCAAACGAAGUAUCCUCCCCAUACCAUUCCAGACGGAGAAUGAGGAAACUUCGAGAUCAUAAUGUUAGAACUCCUUCUAAUCUGGACAUCUUAGAACUCCACACAAGAGAAGUGCUCAAAAGACUAGAAAUGUGUCCAUGGGAAGAGGAUAACUUGAGCUCUAAAUUGAAUGGAAGAUUCAACAAGCACCUCCAGCCAUCUUCUACAGUACCAGAAUGGAGAACAAAAGAUAAUGACCUCCGAUUACUGCUGACAAAUGGAAGGAUAAUUAAAGAUGAAAGACAACCUUUCACAGAUCAAAAUCUAUAUACAGCAGACAGUGAGAAUGAAGAUUACAUGGAGAGGUCAAAAAAGGCAAAGAGCCUAAAGAUAGAACAGAUUUCAGAAGGACAGAGGAAUAAAGAACCUCAGAAACCACUUAAUAUGUUUUUUGAAAGUGUGAAAUCAGAACUUAGAAAUGGAUCUUCACAAUAUUCUGAUAUUUCUGAUUCAGAGGAAUCUGGGCCUGAUUGCGCCAUUCAGAAAAAUGAUUUUACCAGGGAAGAAUCAGAAAGCUCAGGUGAUGAAAAGAAACAAAAAAUAUCUUCAAAUUUUAAGGAGGAAUCUGAAAUGACGAUGAACGUGUAUCAAACUAACAAGAAGCCAUCUAAAAAUGAAAUUCCAAGUAAAAGGGAAUGUCCUACCUCGACCAGCACAGAGGAAGAAGCUAUUCAGGGCAUGCUGUCUAUGGCAGGAUUGCACUAUACUACCUGCUUAACAAGGCAGAUACAAAGCACAGACUAUGAAGCUGAAAGAAGCUCUUUUCAGGAACACAUUAGCUGCCAUAGGAGUAACCAUGAUAUUAGACAGUUGUAUCAGUCCCAUAAGCCAGUGGAUUGUGGUCAUAUUAAGACAGAGGAACAAGAAUUGGAAACUUCAUCCUGGGUCAGGCAGUUUACAACUUCCAGGUUUAAUCCUCAGGAUCCAGGUAAAGCCCAGAAACAGAUCAAAAAGGAAGGUUCACCAGAAUUCAGUCAGAAGGUUCAUAGUAGGAGUUACAUGGACAACAGUGGUUCAAGCCUCCAAAAUGGAAAGUGUGCACAGAAUCCAAGCUUCGUGCCGGGCACAUGCCAGAUGAGCAAUGGCAGUUUUAGCCCAGAAAGGUCGGGGGGUGAAACUUCCUUUUCUUUACCGCUGCAUCCCAUCAAGAGACCUGCGUCCAACCCACCGCCCAUCAGCAACCAGGCAACAAAAGGUAAACGUCCAAAGAAAGGAAUGGCCACUGCCAAGCAGCGCCUUGGGAAGAUCCUGAAGUUGAACAGAAAUGGCCAUGCACGCUUCUUUGUUUGAUGGGAGCUGCUUGUGCUGCCACUCUCAGCCUUGGAGACCAGUAUUGAGGGCAAUGGGGCCUGGAGCUUCUGCUGUUCCUCUGCUUGAAGCAGACUUGCAUGUACAAUAUAAAACACUGCCUGAAGAACAAAA